AUGCCAUUCAAUUAUAAGAAAUGGCAGAAAGUUCCUCAACACUAUAAGGAAUCAAUUUGGGAAAAGGACUAUUAUGAAAUUGAAAUUGAAGCAAAAAAAUGGGUUCGUAGAAAAAUGGGUAUCCAGUGGAAGGACUUCAGGCUUGAAUUAAAAGAAAUAUAUGAUAAAUCAAUGACGAUUCAUGAGUGCUUUGCAAAGCGUGAUGUCCGUUUUGCAUUGGAUCAGUGGAAAUACCCUAUAGAUAUGUGGAGGGAUGUGAAGUAUCCGCUUCAGGAGAUUGGUGAGGAACCGUUAAAGGUCGAUUUUUACAAGAUAACACAUAUUAAAAAGAACUUAGAACUGGUUGAUGAAGAAUCAGGCAAAAAGCUGAAAGAGAUGGAAGAUAAGUUAGAGGCGAUGCCAAUAGAGUUACAAAAAAAGAAAGAGACUCAUGAAUCCAUGUGGACAGAAUCAUUUGGUGAGGAAUCUCAUGGCCGAGUGCACCUAGUUGGAGUUGGGGUAAGCCCAAAAGACAUUGAAUCGUCGAAAAAUAAUGUUGCUCUCAACCGGAAGAAUGAGGAAUUGCAAAAUAAAGUGGAGAUGCUAGAGGAGAAGAUGGAAUUAGAAAAGAAAAAGAAUGAAGAUGUGAUUAGCAGUAUGCAAUCACAAAUUGAAAAACUUACCCAAUUCAUCAUGAAUUGA